AUGUAUCUCUCUAAUAGCAACGGAAACCCUCUUGAUCAACAAAUUCUCUACUGGUCUUCUCUUUGUGACAAUGUCCCCAUUUCUGCCCAAGAUGACCCUUUGAUCUCUUCCUCGCUAUUUCAUUUCUCUUCUGCCUAUUCGCAUGGUGUAGAUAAUAAUUUUUGCCUCCAAGAUGAACCUGUACCUCUGCAACAACCACUUAUAAUUGAGGAUAAUCUGCCACUGGCCAUAACCGUAAUGGACCAUGCGACUGAGAAUAUCAUUAAUGAUGAUGAAACAAGAGAAGACGAAAAGAAGCAAGUUGACAUUGUGGUGGAGAAAAAUCAAAGAAUUAAGAGAUCGUCAAAGAAAGAUAGGCAUAGUAAGAUCAACACUGCCAAAGGUCCACGAAACCGUAGAAUGAGAUUGUCUCUCAAGGUUGCCAGCAAGUUCUUUGAUCUUCAGGACAUGCUGGGCUUCGACAAAGCUAGUAAAACCAUUCACUGGUUGCUAAACAAAUCACAAUUUGCAAUCGCUGAGCUCGCUGAAGGCCUUUCCAACCAAAUGAAAAAUAGCUACAGUGCGGGUGCAAACACUGCAUCGUCAACCUCUGAUUUUGACGAUGUCAAUGGAAUGGAUGAGCCUACAAUAGUUGGAAAUAGGCAGCUGAGGAAAUGCGGACCUACAUCAAAAGAGAAUAAUAGUGAAGCAUUGAAUAAAUCUGCACUUCACCCUCUUGUUAAAGAAUCUAGGAAAAGGGCAAGAGCACGAGCAAGGGAUAGAACAAGAGCAAAGAGAAGGAUCGAUGACCUAAAACUGUCGUUUGAAGAAAUGAAUUAUGACUUGACAAGAAUAGGGCCUUCAAGUCCCUUCGGAAAUGCCGAGGAAUGGGGUGCCAAGAAUCAGAAUUUCAGUCCUCUUACUUGGGUGCUUCCCGAGGUAAAAGAGCUAAACUCGUCCAUCAUCUUCAACCAUGAACAUUACAACAAUGGAAUUUCUCAAGAGGUAAUUGCUUAUAUUCUGCACAUGGAACAACAAUUAAUGUGCAUGAAAAAAUGCCCUAUUCAAUUACUUUGA